AUGGGUUACUGGGGCUACAAACUCUUCCAAUCAGACCACGCGUACGACCUCAUCGAGGCAAUCGAAGACGACGCCAACCUCCCCAUCCACUUCACGCGCAAUGACGCCGAAAAAACCACAGCCCAGCGCACCCUCAACAGCGGGCUCCUAGCCCGCCUGUCCGCCAAGUACGAGGCCGAGGUGGCAACGCACAAGCUCAUCCUGCUCGUCGCGUUGGCCAUGGAAGUCGGCGCCACCAUCAGCACCGAACUGCUCCAGAAAACAAAGACCAAGAACGCAAACCUCGGCAUCCCCGACCAGGCCCGCGAGCAGAUGAAAGACGGCGCUGGCGGCCAGCCGGCCAAUGGUUCCAACUACGUCAUGAUCAACAUGUACCCGCGCGUGAGCUGCUGCGCCGACGAGUUCGUGCUCGACCCCUCCGUGGUCAUCAACGCGAUGCGCGCGCGCCAGCAGCAAGAAGCCGCGCAGCGGCAGCAACAACAGCAGACGCAGCAGCAAGCUGGUGUUGGCCCCUUCUGUCAUACUUGCCGCAAGACGCAGGCGCAACUUCAGAACAACAGGAUCCUUCGCCGCUGUGCGCGCUGCUUGACCGAUGGGCUCGUGUACUGCUCGCGUGAGUGCCAGCGCAAGGACUGGAAGAGGCAUAAGAAGGUGUGUAAGGCGGCGAAGGGAGGUGAGGGGGCGGAGUAG